CUCUGAACCUAAGGCUCACUUUCACUUACCGCCUCACCAUGAACCCCAAAAAGUAUAGCCACUCUGUGGGACUCUCCCUAAUAACUCUUUCCCUAGUCUGCAUUGGGGCCAAUGCCCUCCUACUGGUGCCUGAUGGAAAGACCUGGAGCCCUGAACAACUCAGCUUGCAAGUCCUGCUCAUGCCUGGCUUCAUCGGCGGGGGAUUGAUGAUACUAUGUCCUGGAAUCACAGCAGCUCUGGCAGAGGCUAGACAUCCUGACUGGAUUACAUGUUCCUGCUGGUGCUCAGUCUUCGGAAUGCUUGGUGCCAUCUACUGCCUCUCUGUGUCCGGAGUCGGCCUCAGAAUUGGACCCAAAUGCUCAAUGUAUGGCAUGUGGGACUACAACUUCCAAGAAACCUUGUAAGGAUUAGCAAAUUAGUGACCCCCAUUCUCUAUAUGCCCUGGUUUCCAUGUCCUUCCCACAAGGGCCAGGACCCUGGGUGCCACUGAGCUUCAGGAGAAUUCCCUCCAUGUGGGUCCAACUAACCCUUCGAAAAUUUCAUCCUGUGAGUGGAGGGGACUGAGGGUGGGGGUAGGGCACCACCUGACCUCCUUCACUCACCGCACCCUACCUGUCCACAAAGGCGCUUACUUGAAGAACUAUGCUUCCUGGAAUUUCUGUGAGGAACCACCCAACGUGGUGUCCUGGAAUGUGACACUGUUCUCCUUGCUGGUAGUUGCCUCAUGCCUGGAUAUUGUGCUGUGUGGCAUACACCUGGUGAACACUUUUAUUCUAUACUUUGUGAACAUGUAUAGACUAUAGCCCUCCUUGAUCUGAGGCUUAUUUUGAAAAGGGACAUGUUUUUCUUUUUUUCUUCUUCCUCCCCCUCCCAACUUGGGGACAAGGAAAAAGAUUGCCUUGAGUUAUCUGUGCUCCACAGGAGGGAGAUGUCUGCCAGAGUUUCCAGGAAGAGACUAUCUCCCACAUUAACAAGUGAAUCCUAACACACAAUCCAGAUGCCCUGAGACCCCCUCUCAGGCACACCUGGAAAGUAGAUUUUGAAGAGCUUCUUUAUAAGCCCUCUGAUUUCCCUGAUGGGCAGAAUCACAGCCUCUGGGACAGGAUUCCCCUGUGUUUCACCUUCCUAGCAAACAAUAAAAUGACUUUUCCUUUUCC